AAGACAAAUGUUCGACCAGUCCCUCGUCUCCUCUGUAACUCACUCGAUCGCGGAACGGCAUCAUUUCCCGAGCCGUAAUUCUGCUCAAAUAAAAAUAAUUAGAUGCCUGCUAAUAUCAUUGGCACGCGCACCGCACGCGUCACGUGCUUCUUCUUCCUCUACUUCUCUACUCGUUCCUGCUCUGCACUAUGCGCUGUGUGAGAGAAGAGAAGAGAAGAGAAGAGGAGAAGAGAGAAUUUCAGAAAGCCUCUCUUUUCCUCUUCCUCUUUUCCUCUAGCAGAUCCGAUCUUAGACCAUGGCCGACGAACCUCAACUCACGCGCUGGUCCUUUAUGGAUUUUAAAAUUUUUUAUGAUGCCAAGUUUGGUAGAAAGAGGUUGCCGGAAAAUGGUCAAGUAGCCGAUAAACCGCUGAGUAAUGGCAGUUCUUCAGCUGUGACGUCAAAUGGGAACUCGCAUGUGAAGAACGCAUCUGAUAUGGCCAUAUAUGAGCAGUUCCGGGGCCAGGAGAGGAGCUCGACACAUACAAUUGGAGUUCUGUCUGGUCAAACUGAUGAGAGACCGCAGAAGUCUCUUCUCCCUCCCUUUGAGUCUGCAGAAAUGCGGACCCUGGCUGAAAGUUUAAGUAGAGAUAUCAUCCGUGGUAAUCCAGAUGUUAAGUGGGAAAGCAUCAAGGGGUUAGAGAAUGCCAAACGUUUACUUAAAGAGGCAGUUGUCAUGCCAAUAAAAUAUCCCAAGUACUUUACUGGUCUUUUAUCACCAUGGAAAGGCAUUCUCCUUUUUGGCCCUCCAGGGACAGGAAAGACCAUGCUUGCCAAGGCUGUUGCAACUGAGUGCAAGACCACAUUUUUCAAUAUUUCAGCAUCUUCUGUUGUCAGCAAAUGGCGUGGCGACUCAGAGAAGUUAGUUAAGGUGUUAUUUGAUCUUGCUAGGCACCAUGCACCAUCAACUAUAUUUCUUGAUGAAAUUGAUGCUAUUAUUAGUCAACGUGGUGGUGAAGGACGUAGCGAGCAUGAAGCAAGUAGGCGUUUGAAAACUGAGCUGCUCAUACAGAUGGAUGGUUUAACGCGGACAGAUGAGCUUGUUUUUGUUUUGGCAGCAACAAAUCUCCCCUGGGAACUAGAUGCAGCGAUGCUCCGGCGUCUUGAGAAGCGAAUCCUAGUGCCGUUGCCAGAGCCAGAAGCAAGAAGAUCCAUGUUUGAGGAACUCUUGCCAUCACAACCUGGCGAGGAGAAGCUUCCUUAUGAUUUGUUGGUUGAAAGGACAGAAGGCUAUUCAGGUUCAGAUAUUCGAUUACUGUGCAAAGAGGCUGCUAUGCAGCCCCUUAGACGCAUAAUGGCAGUCCUUGAAGAGACACAGGAAUUAGUGCCUGAGGAUGAGUUGCCUAAGGUGGGGCCAAUCGGGCAUGAAGACGUAGAGACAGCUUUAAAGAACACCAGACCAUCUGCUCAUCUGCAUGCGCACCGUUACGAAAAGUUCAAUGAGGAUUAUGGUAGUCAAAUUCUCCAAUGAAGCCCCCACAACCUUGCCCCUUACUUUCAACCGGGAAACGUAGGUGUCAAAGUUUUAUUGGUUUAUCAGAUUGUUAUCAUUCAUUUAACCACUGGGACUUUUAAGCAGUGUUUAUAGUUACCAGAGUAGAACUCAGCUGUUCCAAGCACGUUGGAUUCUUUGCAGUGCUUUAUGCUGUAGCUUCAUAUUGUGACAGGUUUGACUGGAUAUGAAGAAUAUCAUUCGGCUUUCUUUCUUC